AUGCCUUCAAUCAAGCAAACCCUUCUCUCGGCCACCGUACUCCUGGGUCUGGCCUCGCAGGCCGCCUCAAAAACAUGCGAAUCCUUCGACCUGGAUGAGGGCGACUAUGUGACGACCACAUCCUUAAGAUCGUUCGUCGUCUCAGACCAAGUGAAUUGCAACGAGAUGAACUCCGGCCGCCAGGAGCCCGAAGGUGCACUGAGUCUUGACUGCAACAGCACUCAGUGCGCCAACGCCAUUCCAGCAAACUACUCUGUACGGCUCAACACAUCACUAUAUCACGACAACGGCGAACCGAACACCCCAAUCGGCACCCUGGCAGAUCGUGAGAGCAUCAUGGCGAUCUUGAGUCGUGGAGGUGCGUAUGGGCGCGUCGACUUCAACACUAGCAAGGCGUAUGAGCUGAACCAAGUUGGGUCGUGUAUGGACGCCGAUACAGCUGGGUAUUGGGGAUUUACCCCGUUUCUGGCGUGCUUCUAUGGGUCGGUUGGGGCUGGGUGCGAGGAUAUCGGAGAGGGCACGCGAGUCAGGGCUUGUGCACCGCAUCUGCUGAGCAGCGACUCGAGGGCGAUCAAUGGGGCUAUCCGUUGGGUUACCACUAGUGGAGUGGAGGACGGCCUGGCGCCUGAGUCCGCGAGCAGUGAUGAUGAUGUGCUUUUGGAUGUUGGGAGAGCCACUGAGGAUGGUGGCGACGACGGUGGCGACGAGUCUGUUGGAUCUGUUCCUGGAGUGGCUUCAUCUGCUAUGGUGAUAACCCUUGGUGCGCUCUUUGCGGCUUGGGUAUUGGCCUGA